AUGUCUAUCCACGAUCAGUUCCCGGCCUACGGUGGCCGUGGGCCUAGCGACCUUCGUCUGGGAAUUGCCCUCGGGACCAUUGCUACUAUUUUCAUGAUCAUGCGCGUUUAUGUACGCUUGAGAAUGAAUAAAUUUGGCACAACCGCCCUACUACUGUCACUCCUUGCUUGGUUCUUCACUGCUAUUACUCAAGUUUUCGGUAUCCUCUCGGUUCUCCACGGUCUUGGAAACCACAUCACAAUCAUUGAAGAAGUCGGCCAAUUGCAUAACUUCCUUCUCUUCACCUGGAUUACGGUUUUCUUCUUCAACCUGGCUAUUCCCACUGGCAAAGUCGCCGUGGCGGCGUUCUUGAUCGAGAUGAACGGACCUAGCAAUCCCAAAAUCCGUCGCAGUCUAAUCGCCGUUGCCGUGUUGAAUAUCGUCCUCAAUAUCCCACAACUUCUGAUGGUCUGGUUUCAAUGCAGCCCAGUGGACUCCCUCUGGGAUCCUCUCAAGCAGGCAGACUGUGACCACAGGAAGAGUGUAUACUACACAUACCUCGUCGGCGCAAUUGCCGCUCUCUCCGAUUUUUAUCUCGCCAUCGUUCCCAUUCACAUGCUGAUUCCAUUGCGCAUCGAUCGCAAGUUGAAAUGGGGUCUCAGUUUCCUUAUGGGAUGCGGUAUCUUCGCCGGUGUUGCUGCCAUCGUGCGAACAUGGGCCGCAAAGUACAUUCUCGAAGCAGACUCUUCAUGUAAGACAAUCUCAAAUUCUCAGUGCGUGAUCACAAUUCUAACCCAAUCACAGGGGGUGUUGGUGUACUUUUCCGAUGGGGUGAAGUUGAGGAAUGGAUCGUCCUCAUUACCAUGUCGAUCCCCCCCUGUCUGGCCCAUUUUCCGCCCAUUCACCAACCGUUUCAUCACCUCGGCGUACCCGAGCCAGCCUCAAUACGCUUAUAAGAACAAUAACCCCUACGGCUCUCAGCAAUUGUAUGGAUCAACGGCCGUCGCUAGUCCGCUCUCUCCAUCUUUCCCACCACCCCUUGUCACAACAACUAUUUCUAUCUCUUCAAUGAAGGGAGGAGAGACCUCAACUUUUGUGCCAUCUGAGUCCAGCCCUCGAAAUUCAAAUGAGAGGACCCCGCAUAACAUUAUUACCGACAAUAAGAAUACCCUUUGGGUUGAAUUGCAAGAGGUGAACUUCAAGCGAUCACCGUGA